GACAGAUUCAUCUUUGAUGUAAGUAUGCAACAGCGUGGCCUAAUAUGUAUCAGGUGGAUCAUGCUCGCAGUUGUUUAGUCCUGAGUUGUUGACAAAAAUGGCAACAGUGUCUCGCCUUCGUUCUUUGGUCUACGUAUUGCUGCGCAACGGCUGCCCAAGUUGGUUGCGCCCAGGACAAUUCUUCUUCACGGUGAAGGGCGCUGAUGUGUUUUGGGUCAGCAUUGCUCGGUUAUGUUCGUGGAGCCUUCCGAAGCAAGCAGCGACGCCCGACUCCGGGUAAACUGACAUCACCGGGCCCGGGCCAUCUCACUGGGCCCGUACGGGGUGACAGAAAGUGUGGACAAGAUGGUGCGUAACUGACGGCAGAGUGUGGCGACGGUACUCACAAAGUUGCGGCUGUGGUGCCGAGAGUCCCCUUUCAGUCUUCUCAUGAGACGAGUGCCAUUUUAAAUAGGCCUCAGAAGACGUCAGAUCAUAGCACGCCGGUAGACCAUCAGUACAGGGAGAGUUACAGCACUUCACAAUAGGGCAAGAGUUAGCCGAUGAAGGUUUAAGAGUUACAGCAUUUCAUUUAUUCACACCUUGAGGACAGCUACGGGCUUUAUAGGUGAGUGGCUUUUUUUUCAUGGCGUAAUAGGUGGCUGAGUAUUUUUAUCAAAGCUGUUCUGGUCUCCUUUUCUAAAAAUCUUUGUGGAUGCGCCUUUGUUUUCCCACUAGAAGCGCGCUUUUGCUGCCGAAGCGUUUCCACGACGUAGUGUGUAUGUGCCAAGAUGAGAAGCCAGAGGGACUCUGGUACGCGGACGAAGGCAGGCGUCGAGGGUGCUGCUGUUGCCUCCGUACGUCAGUGCCUCGAAAUUGCGAGUGAUCCUCAACCUCAGGAUACGAGGAAAUUUCCAAGCUACUCCGAGUCAAUUUCGAAGCCGGUAAAUUUUUUUGGCGAGACCAAGCAGGACGCGUGCUCGAGCCGUGUAAUAAUUAUGUUGGACUACUAGACACACACGACGCGGGCUACUAGCUCUCUCGAGUAAACAGACUCAGGCGGGGGCGAGAUAGGUUGGACUAUUACUGCUCUGGCUACUAUACACACUGGAAUAAAAAUCGCAUGCUGUGGGGCUACAGCUCUCUCUAAACACACUUCCUUGGAUACGCUAGGCCCCUAAGUCUCCAACGUGGCCGAAAGUGUCCAACAUCUCUGAAUAUCUUAGAGUAUCAUCGUUCGUGCCUCCUAAACUUUUUCUAUGCCAUCUAUUUAGCUCUCUCUUUAGACAAGAAAAGACUUCAGGUUCAGCGCAGCUGUACUACCAUGAUUAACUUCAUAACGCUUUCUAGAAAUUCUAUCAGUGCAGCUGCUGCGUUUAUAUCCUCGAAUGUCAGCGCUGUUUUCUCGUGAGCUUUCGAGUGGCGGCGGCAGCAGCUGCAGACUUCGGAUAUGAACACCGGCUGCUGGGCGUAGAACCUGACUGGGAUGUGUCCAAACUCGCACACCACAUGGCGCGGAACAGAGUGGUAAGCAUGGAAAACGCGACUGAAGACACCAAAGGUGUUAUAAGGCUAGUACAGUUACAGUGCCCGGUAGGCUAGUAGAGUCCGUGUUAAGUCUGCUAGUGCAGUCAGUGCUAAUAGGCUAGCACAGCAGCGAGUUCACCUCCUUAUGCGUAGUGUAUCUUGAUCGUUUGCUUUAGCAGUUAUUUUUCACAAUCCUUCAAAAGUGGCUCGGGAAAGAACAGCGUCUAUGCCCGCCGUGUACAGGUGAUUAUCUCGUCGAAGCCCCAGCACACCUGACUGAGAAGCAGGCAGGUGCGAGAAUCCCCAUUGCGGUGGUUCAAGCGCACGUGGAUGAGGGAAAAGCGGCAUCUUUGGAUCGAGUGCGCGGCACCGACGUGGAUGAUAUUGAACCUGGAAAGGUCGCCCAAGAUAUACAAUAGCCCCGCGCCUGGAGGGCCGCCUC